GAAAUUGUCAAAGAUUGUCCAAGGCACUGCCGCCGAAAGCAUGGAAGGCCCAUUAUUAAUAAUUAUGUACGAGUACGAGUACGUUUAAGCACCCCCUUCCUUCCUUCCUCGCUUACCACCAUCCCCAUAUCAUAUUGCUUUAAGAAUUAACUACUACACAACACGCCACAACGAAGUACACAACGGAAUCCACCACGACACAUCCUACCACAACUACUCAAUCAACUACAACACAAGACGCCACAACGAUGUCCACCACGGAAUCCACCACCUCACAUUAUACCACAACUACUCAUCAAAUUGAGGGAGAAAUCCGGCUGGUUGACGGUUACAGCUCAGACGAAGGCAGGGUUGAGAUCUUCCAUGAAGGACAAUGGGGGACAGUCUGUGAUGACAGUUGGGAUGACUCUGAUGCGAGGGUAGUUUGUCGACAGCUUGGAUACUCAGGCAAUGUUGGUGUAGCCAGGAGUCGUGCAACAUACGGACAGGGAUCUGGCCCGAUAUACCUCGAUGAUGUCGGCUGUUCGGGAAAGGAAUCCAGGUUGACUGAUUGCAGUAAUGGCGGAUGGGGCAACCAAAACUGCGAUCAUUCUGAAGAUGCUGGAGUUUACUGUGGAGAUAAAAUUGAGGGAAAAAUCCGGCUGGUUGACGGUUACAGUUCAGACGAAGGCAGGGUUGAGAUCAGCUUCCAUGAAGGUCAAUGGGGGACAGUCUGUGAUGACGGUUGGGAUGACUCUGAUGCGAGGGUAGUUUGUCGACAGCUUGGAUACUCAGGCAAUGUUGGUGUAGCCAGGAGUGGUGCAACAUACGGACAGGGAUCUGGCCCGAUAUACCUCGAUGAUGUCGGCUGUUCGGGAAAUGAAUCCAGGUUGACUGAUUGCAGUAAUGGCGGAUGGGGCAACCACUACUGCGGACACGCUGAAGAUGCUGGAGUUGACUGCUCGAUCUGAGUGAUGUGAUAUUUUAGAACCCUCUUUCGUAGAUUAAUGUACAUUCAUCCACUGUAAAGGUGAACUAGUAUUGUUCCAAUGGUAAGUAUAACAAAAUAAAAAAUAAAAAUCUUUUGAGAUUCCGAUAUCUUUAAUGAAAAAUUCUUCUUGGACGGAUACGCAUAAACUCUAGGUAAACAUUUUGUAGUCGAUAAGUUUAAUUCAAAUAUUCAGUCUUUGGGCCAGGUCAUGAAUAUAUUGAGAAAAGUCUUGAAGAUAAUGAAUAUGUAUAUAUAUC